UCCACAGUCGCAAACUCAGAAGGCUCCUCCUGCCUUUUACCUCUCACCUUCCCCGCGCCGCCGCGCUAAUUAAUUACAUCCCCUUCCACAUCCUCAGCCAUGGCGGCGCCGAGCUGGAUCCAGCGGCCGCGCGCGGCCCUCUUCCUGCUACUGCUCCUCGCCUUCCACCGCUCCCUCUCCCUCGCAGCCAACUUCGAGGGCUUCGACUCCGACGACCUCCCUUCCGCCGCCGCCGGCCUCGACGCCGACGAUGACGAGGAGGGCCUCGACCUCCCGCCCCCUCCGCCCAUCUCCCUCUCCACCUCCACGCCUUCGCCUCCCGUCACGACGUCCACGCCGAACCCUAACCCCUCAACGCCCACGCCUCCGAACCCCACCCCCGCGCUCGAUCUCUGGGACGAGGACGAGUUUGAGGGCAUCCCCGUGCCGGAAGCGGUCUCCUCCGAAGAUUCCUCCGCGCCGGCCGAGGCCGCCUUGUCAGAUCCCUCCGCGGAGGCCGCGGCCGAGGCCGAGGCCGCGCCGGCCCCGAAGAGGCGGCCGGCGGAGCUCCUCCGCGCGUUCUCUGUCGAGAUCGCCUGCGUCAGCUUCCUGAUAUGCUUUUUGCUCAACUACUUCACCGGGAAGCGGCAGAACGAGGCGCUCGCGCUGGCAUGGGCCACCAAGUUCGCCACGAGGGACUCCAUCUUCGACAAGAACUUCAGUCUCCUCGGCACCGGCGACGGCAAGGACACGCCGCUCCUGCUCAAGGAGGGCCGGGACGUGUUCAAGUUCUACGCCAGCGGGAGGCGCUUCUGCCAGGGGUUGAUCGCUACCAUGGAGAUGCGCGCGCGGCACGACCUGCUGUCCAAGCUGGUGGACUUGGUGUUCCCCAGGAAGGACACAAUCACGUUCGAGGUGGUGAUGAACGAGGAGGCCAUGGACCAUGUGGUGGUGGCCGUGGCCAGGAAGAAGGCAGCCAAGACGAUGCAGAAGGAGGAGAGGGAUCUGCAAAGGUUUGCUGGGGUUCUCACUUCGGCACCCGCUGGGAGAAGGUGGGUUGCGGAUGAGCUUGCUGUGGUAGCUGAGUCGAAGGAGGUUGCUGGGGAUAUGAUCAGUGAGGCCGUGCUGGAUCAGGUUCUUGGUGACAAAGCAUUCGGAAAAUUUGGAAAGUAUUUCAUCUCGCUUCAUUUUUCAGACCAAUUGGCAGGCUCCUACAAGAAGUUGCUCACGUUCAAGUUUGUGCUGCCUGAUGUAAACAACAUGUCUGAGAUGACAAGAUUAGUUGCCCUCGUGCCAUACUACAUUGAUUUGGUUGGACGUUAUAAGCUCAGCUCACAUGCUCGCUCGAAAACUGAAGCAGCUAGAACAAAGGCUGCUCAGGAGGCUUUCAGGGAACUUCAGAGUGCCAGGCAGGAGGCCCUGCAGAAGAAAAAGGCUGAAAAGAAAAAACUGAUGGAGGAGGCAGAGGCCAAAUUAAGCGCUGAGGCACUCCGAAAGAAAGAGGAAAAGGAAAGGGCUCGGCAGAUGAAGAAGUCUGGGCCCAAAGUGAAAAUGCUCCGUUCUUAAUAACGUAAAGAAUCUAUCACGGAUUGGCCUUUGCUAUUCACAAGCUGACUUGCCUAUAUAGUUCAGUGCUCGGUAGACUCUCAUUUAUGUCAUAAUUUUGGGCCAUAUGUUUCCCCAUUGUGAGAAUGAGCAAAAGGAUCGAGGAGAAAAGAAUCCUCACAGGUGUUUCGGCUUUGUUAGGGGGUUUGAAAUGCUGAUCUGUGCCCCGUUAUUAGAUGCGUACCAGAAACAUCUCUAGCCCGAUUCGCCCACAAUAGAUCAGUUACUUUCUCAAAAAUUGGUUAUGCAGCCCUUGUUGUAAAAAAACUCGAACUUACAUGAUUCGCUGUGUAGUAUGUUGAUAGAAUUAUGAUCUGAAAUUCUAUGCUCCGAUUACAUGCUUUGACGUUCUAGCAAA